AUGCCAUCGUCGCUGCCAAAAGCACACGUGCAACCGUCUCACUCUGCAACACCGAUCGCAAGGGGCGGGGUCCUCGUCGUAAUUCCCCGCCCUGAGCAUCUCCGCACCCGCACCCGCCGUCGAUCCUUUGGGCCCCUCGCUCUGACGCAGCCGUUCCCACUCUCGCAGCGACAAAACGACGAGGCCCCUACCCUUCAACUCUCGUAUGAGGUCGCAAACAGCCUUGGCCUUGUGCGGGCGCUGCCAUGCAUCAACAUUUGCGACCGGGUCUCGCCUGAGCUGCCCAAGCUGCAUCCGCCCGUAGCCGCUCCGCACCGUUCGGCGGUUCUACUCUGCAGCGACUCCUGCUACCCCGUUGAACCAUCGACAUGGAUCCAAGCCAAUGCUUUCCCCGCGCUGCCUGGCGCUGCCUCCCCUCGUCUGUUCGCUCCCUCCCAGACCUAA